AUCCGGCAUCCGCUCGCCUUUGCUGCCUUCAUGUACCGGCCGGCCAUCCCGUCCCAAGCAAUGCCCCACCCUAACCAUCUUUGCUAUAGAGCUCGCAGCCCCCUCUUGGAGGCGCACCGCAAGGAGCGGUGGGCGCGUUUGUCCUCACACAUGCCCCCUGCCUCCCGCGCCAAGGAAUGCCGGGCCGGCCUCGGGCAGUAUAUAUUCCAGUCCUCGUCCUCCUCCAGAUCGACCUGCACCCAUCGCCUCGGCUUCCAUCUCUCGGCUUCCAUCUCUCGGCCUCCGCCCACUUUCCCGCUCACUGACCAUGCUCUCCGCCACCGACUCUGCCUCUGUCCAGCUCCGGGCACUCCAGGACGACAUCGCCAACCAUGCUUUGAAGUUGUUGCCCGUGGAGGCCGGUAUCUUUGGCGUGAACCCCCAUCCCGACGAAAUCUUCAACGACAGCGUUGAGAACAGCGAAAACCACAAGGCUUUCCUCAUUGCGGCCUCCGAGCGUGCCGAGAAGAUUGACCAGGAAGCUCUUUCCGAGACCGAGAAGGUCGAAUACCUCUUUAUCGUCGAGGCCAUCAAGCAGGAGCAGGUCAUCUUUGACCAGUACCUGUACGAACUCCCGGCCUCCCACAUGCACGGCAACAUUCCCAUGCUGCAGAUGGUGCUCACCCAGUACUCGCCCCUGAACACCAAGGAGGAUCUUGCCAACUAUGAGAAGCGUCUCCGCAAGAUCAACGCUCGCUUUGACGACACCAUCUCCGGCUUCCGCAGCGGAAUCGACAAGAAGGUCACCCUUCCUGUCGAGUCGGUCGAGCUCCUGAUCAAGAGCUGCCGCAUGCAGAUUGUCGAGGACCCUCGCGACUCUGCUUUUAACGUGGCUGCCAAAGUCGAGAGCCUCCUCGACGGCGACAAGGAUUUCUUCAUCGGAGCCAUCGAGGAGUCCGUCAUCCCUGCCUACAAGAAGCUCCUCGACUUUUUCGAGAACGAGUAUCUGCCCCAUGCUCGCACUACCCCGGGCCUCUAUGGCCUCCCUGGAUAUGAAAAGGCCUACAACGCUUAUGUCAAGCAGCAUACGUCGCUGGAUCUGACCGGCGAGGAGAUCCACGAGAUCGGUCUGAAGGAAGUCGAGCGAAUCGCCAAGCUUAUGGAGGAGGCCAAGUCCAAGGUCUUUGACGGCACCCUGGCCGAGUUCCGUGCGGCUCUCUACGACCGCGAACAGUUCCCCCAGGCCUUCUUCGAGAACCUCGACGCCGUCAUCCCCCACUACCAGAACGUCCUGAAAGAUAUCAACUCCAGAAUGGAGCCCCUCUUCGACCAGCUGCCCAAGUUUGAGUGCAACAUCGUGGCUAUCCCUAAGACCAUGGAAGGCAGCAUGCCUCUUGCCAUCUACAUGCCUGGCACUCCCACCACCCCUGGCCGCUUCUGUGCCAACCUUUCGCUGCACAAGACCAAGCCCAACAUUGUCGCCAAUGCUCUCACCCUGCACGAAGCCACCCCGGGCCACCACCACCAGAUUUCGCUUGCCUUCGAGGACGAGUCGACUCAUCUUGUGAAGAAGAUCUUCAUGUGCACCGCCUUUGCCGAGGGCUGGGGCUUGUACUCGGAGUACCUUGGCGAGGAGAUGGGAAUGUACACCGACCCGCUUCAGUACUACGGUCGUUUGGAGGUUGAGAUGCAGCGCGCCCUGCGACUGGUUGUCGAUACUGGACUGCACGCCAAGGGCUGGUCGUUUGACAAGUGUGUGGCCCUCAUGCAGGAGCACCUCUCUCUCCCCGUCGAGGAGAUCGUCACCGAAGUCAAGCGCUACUGUGUCAUCCCCGGUCAGGCCCUGGCCUACAAGAUGGGCGAGCUCAAGAUCAAGGAGCUGCGCGAGUACGCCACCGCUGAGCUGGGCGAUCAGUUUGACGUUCGCCAGUUCCACCGUGUCAUCUUGACGGGCGGAAGCGUUCCUCUCAUGGCCCUCGACCGCAACAUUCGCGCCUGGGUUGCCCGCGUCAAGGCCCAGUAGAGGCGCUUUGCAGCAAGCGGUCUGUUGUGCAAGAUUCCCGUGGUUUAUUUUAUUUUUCUCGCUGUCACCAGCCGUCUAUCAAUGUCAGCCAGCCGUCUAUCAAUGCCAGUCAGUCGUCUAUCAAUGUCUGUCAGCGGUUUCCGCCGUCGUUACUUUGCUUUUGCUUCUUCCGUCCUGUUCAUAUCACACCUGUAUGCUUGACACAUGAACAAACGGGACACCACACCCGCUUCCAUGAACAUGUGGUAUGCGUCUAACGAUGCCAUAAGCAAUAAAGUGAUCAACUUUGGCAACCUCCGAGUGAAGAAGACCUCCCCUUGUCCUGUCGCCAAGACGCAUCGCCAAAGGCAGUGAAUUCUGCUCGUGGACACACUGAAGAUGGAAGCAACUUUUCUC